AUGCACCGUGCACCCAGGCCUACCAGGCCCGACAAAGCUAGAAGAUUAGGAUACCGUGCUAAGCAAGGUUAUGUCAUCUUCAGAAUCCGCGUGCGACGUGGUGGACGCAAACGUCCAGUGGCCAAGGGUGCCACUUACGGAAAACCCAAAAGUCAUGGUGUUAACCAACUUAAGCCUACCCGCAACUUACAAUCUAUUGCUGAGGAGCGCGUUGGUCGCCGUUGUGGAGGUCUCCGUGUGCUCAACUCUUACUGGGUUGCUCAGGACUCUUCAUACAAAUACUUUGAAGUUAUCCUUGUUGACCCAUCACACAAGGCAAUCCGUCGUGAUCCAAAGAUCAACUGGAUCGUGAACGCUGUUCACAAGCAUCGUGAGAUGCGUGGUCUUACAUCGGCUGGACGCAGCUCUCGUGGUCUUGGAAAGGGUCACCGCUUCUCGCAGACCAAGGGAGGUUCCCGUCGCGCUGCCUGGAUCAGAAAGAACACCCUACAUGAAGAUUAUGCAAUUUUCUUGUUGAGCAGACUAAUCAAUGGUUUACUACAGUUAUAUACAGAUAUAACAGUUAACAAGGGGAUUUUGGCUCUAUACCUGCAGGUACUGUUUGCUGAUGUGUACUACUGUAUAUACUCUACUAUAUAUGUCAAUAAAAACUUUAUUCCAUUUCUUCUUUUUUUUUACCUGCCAUAUUUUUUCUAA